UCGCGCGACAGCCGCUUCCGCGCGCUCGCCCGUGCACAAGGCCGCUCGAGAAGCCGCGCUCUAAACUUGAAUGCGUCACCGCCGCCGCCGCCGCCUGCAUUUGGGGAAGCAAUUCACAGCCAAUGCAACAGAAAGCAAGAAAAGGGGCAAGUUUUGCGUUAAUUGGGUGGCAUUUAAUGCCAAAGGUCACCAAGCACGCUUCUGCGACCGCCGGUGUUUACGUCUGCAAACCGACGCGCACGUGACCCCCGCGAGCUUCUGGCUUGCUCCGCGAGAAUUCCAAAGUGCGACUCGCCUUCCCGCGGCGUCGGCAGCAGCAGUGUUCUUACUCAUUCGGAUUUCUCAUCACCGCCAUUGGCAUGGGUGCUGCUUGUUGUCCAGAAACUUUCUUCCUCAACUCUCCUGCACCACAAAAUCCAUUUCUUUGACAUUCUGUGCUUCAGUAGCUUGAUGCCAUUUAUGGAAGACCAUUUGGAUACCCUAACUCCAGUUUUAAGAAUAAGCCAGCUAGAUGCUUUUGAACUGGAUAGAGCCUUAGAACAGCUCAUUUGGUCCCAAUUUGCCCAGUGUUUCCAAUGUUUUAAACCUGGCUUGCUUACAAACUUUGAACCAGAACUGAGAGCAUUUCUGCAAUUUUUACUAUGGAGAUUUACCAUCUAUUCUCAAAAUGCAACAGUUGGUCAGGCACUUCUGAACAUCAGAUAUAAAAAUGACUUGUCCCAGGGACAAAAGUACAAACCAAUGAGUAAACGUCAAAAGCUAUGGUAUGCAUUAUUAGCCAUUGGGGGGAAAUGGCUGCAAGAGAGAGCCCAUGAUUUAUUUAGUAAUCGUUCCCCAGAGUCGGUUAUCCACAAAUUUAAAUAUUCCAUUACUUUUAUAACUGGACUUUUAAGAGUUGCUGGACUACUGAAUUUUCUCAUCUUUCUUCAGAGGGGUAGAUUUGCUACUUUUCCAGAAAGACUUCUAGGAAUCAGAGCUGUUUUCUGCAGACCGCAAGGUGUUCGCCAAGUUGGCUUUGAAUAUAUGAAUCGCGAACUGUUAUGGCAUGGAUUUGCUGAAUUCUUAAUAUUUCUUCUGCCACUGAUUAAUACCAGAAAACUGAAAGUAGUUGUUUCAUCGUGGUUUCUUCCUGUAAGUCAUCUCCAUCAUAAUGACGGCACACUAUCAAUCCACUGUAAAGAAUGUGCGAUUUGUGGUGAUUGGCCAACUAUGCCUCAUAUAAUCGGUUGUAAGCAUGUUUUUUGUUAUUAUUGUAUUCAAAGUAAUUACUUGUCUGAUGCUGACUUUACUUGUCCAAAAUGUAGCACUGAAAUCCACAAUAUUGAACCUUUGAUAUCAAACAUUCACCAAUUAAUCUAAUGUAAAUUUGCAUAAAUCCAAUUUUGGAAUUUGAACACAUGAUCUCGGAUGAUGUCUCAAUGCAUAAUUGCAGUACAAGUCCGCCCAUUUCUUGAACUUCUCUCCAAUUUGCUUACCAUUUUUCAGGUUACUGUCUAUGUCCCUGUGUCAUAACCAGCUCCUUCUUUAAUAUCUCCAAUACUUCUGCUUCACUUGAGUGCAUGUGAUCUCUCGGAGAACUUCCAGGUGUCAUUCUCUUUGAUAACGUUUUGGUGAUGAGGUCUUCAGAUGGUUCCAUGGGCAGCCUUUUGCUGAUGACAAUUGAAGGUAUUUGGACUAACAGCUUGGGAAGGCCCAGCUCAGUAUUGUGGUCCCUGGAGUAAAGGAUACUGUUCUUGCUUCAUGUGGCAGGUGAAGGAUUUCCUUCGUAUUAAAGAGUUUGUUAAGUUCUCCAAGACAGUAAUGGAAGGCUUAUGUUAGAUGAUCGUAUAAUCUGGAAAACGUGAGGGUCUUAAACCCCUUCAGAAGAUUAAAUUGUUUUACUUUGGACCAUUUCAGGUUCUUGAACCAUCCAACCAACUGCUCAUAACUAGAUCAUCAAUCUAACACCCGAUACUGGCUGACGUUGAUUUGUCUUCCCUGUCAUUAAUAAUUUCUGUAAUUUAGUAUUUAUUUUUGAUGAUAUUAACCCAUCUACUUGAUAUGACAAACCAUUAAUGAAUAUUAAUUUUGAUGGAAUUUUAUAGCUAUUAUACCUAUUUUAUAACUAUCUUAGGCUCAAAUAGCUGUUAUAUUUCUAUUAUUUUUUAAAGCUCAGAUUUUCAAAUAUUACUUGACUUUAAAAUCUAUUUUGCAUCUGCUAAGAUAUCCGCUAGAGUAGUUAUUGUCUCAGCAAUCAUUAAAAAACAUUCUUCCUGCUUUUCCUUUUUUAACCUUUUAACUAAAGUUUUAGUGAAUAAAUUAUAAAUUAUGUGAAUUUUAUUUUUUUGAUGCCAUCGCCAACUCUUUAACAACGUGUUAUCUGAAAGAAAACUAAAUUUAUUUGGAUGUAAAUAUAUGUGUAUAAUUAGAAAAUGUUUAGAAUUAAUAAUAUAAUAAAUGAUGUCUAUGUUUGAUCUAUUAAGCUGAGAAUAGUAAUUAUCGUUUACUGAGAGAAAAUAUUAUAAAUUACUGUCACAGAAAUUGAACCAUUUACUAUUUUUUCACUAUUGGGAUGAAUCAGUAAAUGUAUUUGUUAUUUUAGUACUAUUGCCACUUCUGCUUUGUAUCUUAUAUCAUAUACUUUUAUAUCAUAAAAAAAAUUUAUUGCAUAAAAAAAUCAUGGUGAGCAGCAGCUUUUAUUUCUGGUCACUGGCAAUAGGUGAUUCAUCAGUUUUCCUGAGGAACCAAUUUCAUUGCAGCUAUUCGGUAGAUUCGAAUUUUGCUAAAUUGAGUUAGAGAAAGGUGACAGCAAUAAGCUGCCAAUCUGAGAAAAGAAAAACUGUUGCAUUAACACAUUGAAAUACCAUUUGCUGCAUUACUUUAAAAAAAAUAAUCAAAAGGUAAUCAGCCUGUUAUUUCCUUAUUCCUUUUCUCGUAAAUGUACUUUACUGUGCAAAUCUGAGAUGAUGUCCAACAAUUAGACCACAAUAAUUCAGUAUA